GUUUAUUUCUUAUUUGUUUUUGUGGGGUAGUUGUACGCCAGACGUCUCCAAAAUGCAUGCGCUGGCUAUGGAUGCUUAAAUAAAGAUGCUGAACCCUCUUCUAUGUUUUAAAAAAAAAUUGUUUUUGUUACGAUUAUUCAUGAUUAGCAAUUCAAAUAAAGCUCUUAAAAGGGACAGCAAUUUUAAUGAAUAAUUAAAAGCGCCUGAAGAUACUCUUAGCUCCCGCACGCGUAUCGGUCCGCGAAUGAAUGGGUCGCUUUCGAGCACGUCUGCCAGCGCUGCUGCUCCGCCCGCUUCCCUCCGGCCGCGCCGAGGAUCGAGAAGGGCCAUUCGCUCGGACUGAAUGCUGAGUGCUGAAUUUGGAGCUUGACGGUCAAGUUCGCCUGAACUAAAUUCGAAUUUGCCUUGAAUUAAAAGCGGAACUAUUGGCAUAUUGUACGCACUAUGGCCAAAGCAGGAGAGACUUUUGAGGAGUUUGGGGAGAGAUUUACCAGCUUGGUGAUCCAUGGGUUUGUCUCGCUUUCAACAUCUCUAGGAAUUCAGUCAGGUCUGUUCGACGCUCUUAUCAAGCUCAAGGAUGAGGAGAGGACGGUCCAGGAGAUUGCUGAUACAGCUGGCCUCAAGGAAAGAUACGUGAAGGAAUGGCUUGGAGUGAUGGUCACAGCCGACAUCGUAGACAUCAACCCCGAGACUGAGAAAUACAUUCUCCCCCCUCAUCGUAUUCCCUACUUUCAACCAGGCAGUAAAGUUUGUGAUCUUGCAGCAGUAAUCACUGCAUUGCCCAUGUUUGGUGAAAUCUACAAGAAGCUGUUAGAAUGUCUCAAAAUAGAUGGCCCACUAGGAUUAUCGUACUCUGAAUACACAGACUUUCAUACCAUGAUGUCCAAGUUUAGCAGUAGAUGGUUUCAGCAACAUCUGGUUCAAGAUUUUAUACCAUCUAUGCCUCGGAUAGAAGAAAGAAUGAAGUCUGGGAUCCGAGUACUAGAUUUGGGUUGCGGGAGAGGCCUAGCCUCACUUGCCCUUGCCGAGAACUAUCCAAAUAGCACCAUCAUUGGACUAGACUUCUCAAAAGAGGCCACGGACUAUGCCAGGGAAUUGGCCAAGGAAAGGGGUCUUACAAACGUCGAGUUCAUCUGUGAGGAUGCAGCAUGUAUACCUGACUCUUGGAACGAAACCAUUGAUUACAUCUUCACAUUUGAUGUCAUUCAUGACCUUGGUCACGCGGAUAAGGUAUUAUUGGCUCUGGGACGCAUCCUCAAACCGGACGGCGUGUUUUCCAUGAUAGAUCCCGACUGUAACACCAAGCAAUCGGUGAAUGCUUCCAAUGAGUAUUUCUCUAGGUUAUACACAAUGAGUCUCUUCCAUUGCCUGCCAAUAUCGCUCUUCUCCGAGGGCAGUGUGGGACUAGGAACGUGUUGGGGACGAGACAAAGCCACCCAGUUUCUCAAGGCGGCAGGGUUUAGGGUGGAUUCGAUCACCAACCCUGCAGGAACUAACCAGGCACAUUACAUGUGUACAAAACAAGUAUAAGGCUUAGAUACUUUGCUUUCAAUAUGGAAGUAAAGUUGAUUUCAAUAUGGAAGUAAAGUUGAUUUAUUUUUAUUUCUGUUUGCCAAAUAUGAUCUUGUCUUAUAUGUGAUUUGGAAUGAAUAAACUUUAUGAUCUAUGCAAUCAUUGUGAGUGGUGAAAUUUCGAAUUGAGGCUGAAUCAUGAGAGUAAUUUAUCUGCUGAUAGAGUGACAUCAGUCAGAAAACAGUACUAGUAUCCUAAUUUAUGGAUGUUAUGAACUUGAAAAACAUUUUUUAAAUCAUGAAUUUUUAUCUUUCCUACAACGGUAAUAAACCUAUAUAUAUGAUGUCUGAUCAUAUAUAUAGGUUUAUUACCGUUGUAGGAAAGAUAAAAAUUUAUGAUUUUAAAAAUGUUUUUCAAGUUCAUAACAUCCAUAAAUUAGGAUACUCAGUAUUGCAUGAAAUUGAUUUCCAAGCCAAUCAAUCAAUUAUUAAUCAAUGAAAUCUGAAGCUGGAUUAUCAUGUUGUAAGUACCUCUUCACUUUCAUGUCCAAAUCUCUAAUAUCGUCUAUGAAGGAGGCUACCAUGUUAUGCAAUCAACUGUAUUGAGAUUGCUUGAACUUGUUACAGCAAAAAAAAAGAGAUGAAUUAUGAAAUGGUGGCCAACCUUCACAGGAAACUUGGCAGAUAACAAAGAAAACGAAGAGCCCCACUUAUCUGAUUUCGUUUCAGUUAAUGUAUCAGAUUUAGAAAAAAUAAACGUAAAAAAGAAUACAAAAAUCUUAAUCUCAGAUAGCACUUAUUAGCAUAAAAUGUGCUGCUGUUACUUGAUGCAUUACAACCAUUCCAUGUACUAGACACCCUAGGCUUCAAAUUAAACCAAUCAAUGAAGAAUAUUGAUUUUUGGCUUAUUUUCUUUUACAGUCGAAAAUUCAUUUAGUUCAUCCCAAAGCUUGUUUAUAUGUAUGUGUGACUAUGUCUAUUCCUAGUUAUCUGUUUCAGGAAACAGUAUUGAGUAUCGUAUGAGAGGAUAAUUUCAAGUAUUUCAGAAAUGGUGCUUAAAUGAUGUACAUGCAGUAGUAAAUAUAUCAAUUAAAAUCACGAAGAGGUCAAUUACAUUGUAAGUGGCACUUAAAAUGAAGGUUAAUCAUGAAGUACAAAAUAUUGUCUUAAAGAUGUAUACCUCACCUUUAAAUCCAAACAUCAUUAUUACUUCAUUACAUUUUAAUCCAUCUGAAGUUUUUUUUACAUCUUAUUUUAUUAAACACCUUGCCAAAAGUCUGUGCUGCAACUCUUUGCUGGAAACGUGUUCAUUGUCUUUCACAUCGGCACCCAUUAUAGAACAGAGAGGGUAAGACGUAUGGAGACGUUGAGCUAGAUUCCUGUUAAAAGGCGCGGUUCAAAACUUUGUUUGAGAUGUUAAGUUAACAUUAUUAUAAAGAGUAGACGAUUAUUUGUAUGCUUCGCAAAGCGUUUAAAACUCGUAGAGAGACAACCAAAUAAGUUCGUAGAGAGACAACCAAAUAAGUUUCAACCGCUUCGCAAGACAACCAAAUAAUCAUUUACUCUGUUAAAAUCAUUGCGAUGAUGAACAUCUUCAACAUUAUUAUUGUUUAUUAAUUUGCCCAACAUGAUUUUUAAGAAGCUUUCAUACAUGUACGUGUAUAGUGUAAUUAUAUCAUGUUUGAUGAAAGGGAAUUCAGUGACUACAUGUAGUUAUGGUUUAUCUUGUGGUCAGGCACACACUACACAAUUUGACUAUGAGGCAAUUUGUUAAAGUUAGUCAUGUUACACUUUUUUUAGCAUGACAAAUUUAAGAUUUUUCCAACUCUUCUUUAACUUAUUAAAUUUUGUAGCGUUGGUCGGAGAGGUCUAGUCCUUGGCCGACAUGUAGCUUAGCCAUGAUGGCUUGAAGUCCUUGACCUAGAGGUAGGUUCUCGAAUGAGGCCAGGACAAGGCCAGGAGGCUGUUUCGUAAAGCUGUUUGUAAGUUAAGAGUAACUUUAAGAACGACUGGUGAUCCUUUCUUGUGGUAAAUGAUAUUCAUCAUUAAAUGUUCAUUGGUUAUUAAUUAGGGCGUAAGAAAGGUUCACCAGUCGUUCUUCAAGUCACUCUUAAUUUACAAACACCAGGUAUAUUACUCCACAAUUAAGAACGUAACAAUAAGUCAACAGAUAUUUACUACUCUUAUGCAAAAUUAUGUAAGUGUUGUGAUUAAAUCCUUCUGGCCUUGCGUUCACUAGUGUAGAUUGAUGCUUGCCACAUUCUGUAAUGGUGUAUUAUCAUUACCAUUGGUCAAUUUAUGUGCAAUGGUAUUAAGAAUCAUUCAUUGUUAUAAUCAUUCUUGUCUACAGAAAUAGAUUCUACUUGGACAUUAGAGUAGCUUUCACCAAAGAGAUGAACAUUUUUUCACAAAAGGAAUAUAGUGCAGCUUGUAUGCCUUGGCUUUGACUCAAUUUUUUUUUCAGCUAUAAAAGAGAGGGUAGCCUGCCCCUGACUUGUGUUUAGUUUUAAAACUCACUUGUAAAUUUGAUAUAAAGGCCAGACAGUAUUCUUAUCAAGGUUAUCAUUUAAAUCAAUAUUAGUUGCCACAUGACUGGCAAGGUAUAGGUACAAAAACGGUUUAGGUUAGAAGUUUACAUACACCCAGGAAAUUCAAAGAAAAGUUGACACUUGCCAAACAUGAAAUUAACUGUAUCUUAUUAAAUAUUUGUGCUAUCGUGAAAAAUUUGAUAUCAAACAAAUGAAUAUAUCAUGCCCCUUCAUCACAUUGCUUUGUCAUCAGGAGCUGAAAAUAUUUAGGUAUCAUUUUUCCCCCAUAAAUCUCCAUAUUUUAGACAAAUUAAAUAUAAACACUUGACAAAAAUAUCUUAUAUUUGUGCAAGUUUCUUCUCAUCACAAACAUUCAGAUUACACAUUUUUUGUUCAGUGGUGACAUAUGAUAGAAAAAUGUAAUAUAAAUCAUAGAUCUGACAUAUAUAUAUUUUUAUGAAACAAUGUUUGAAAAUAUAACAAACAAUAGAAUACAUUUGGCAGGAAUAUUACUUUUCUUCAAAGAAGAUUCCACCUGAAAUAUACUUUAAUCCCAACGGCAUCCCAACUUUGUGAAAGAGCUUAAUACGCUCUUUCAUUUGAUAACAAAUUUGUCAUGGUAGUAUUUAUAUUUCUUAAGAUAUAGUAAAUUUUACGAUGUUUGGCAAGCGAAUAAAUUCACUGAAUUCCA